GGGAGACCUGGGGGAAAGGGCUGGGGCCGGGCAGGAAAGUGACUCUGCACCAACAGCCCCAUCUCUGCUCCCCCCUCUGCAAGUCCCAGGGCUGCUGCCCUCCCUGACCCACUCUGGGUCUCAGCUACGGGAGAGCAAACACCCCAAGGGCCUGGGCCAGGGACCAAAUCUCCCGGCCAGAGGGGAAAGGGAAAGAGAUCUGACUGGGCAGCAGGAGCAAUAAGUGGAGAGGGUGGUUCCCAGCUGCCCUACCCGCCCAGAUCUGCUCCCUGCGUCAUCCCUGGCCCAACUGGCUUUCCUGGGGACGAGGUGUCUGAGCAGAGAGAGGACAAAUCAGUUCUGGCUCUCAUUAGUCAGGGGCUGGGCCGCAGGGAAAGGAAUUCCUCCAAAGCUGCUCCUUGGAACCUGCUCUAGCUGGAGCGCACAGCGGAACAGACAGGGUGAGAAUUUCCAAGUCAGACACGCUUCUCGCUGUAGGCUCAUAAACACCGGUUCUGGUACAGCUUCGUCGUCAGAGGGAGCGUGCGAAAGGGAAAUGGGUGUGAAAUGGACUCAAGCCGCUGCUGAAACUUCCCCAUUUGCGCUUCUCGCCUGACAGGCUGCAGAAGAACGUGUUUCACUCCAGGUUGUCCGGUCCUCCUUGAGGGCAGGAAAAGGGAAUGGCUACAGCAAAAAGUGACCUUCGAGGAGGUAGCUAUGUAUUUCACCGCGGAGGAGUGGGCUCUGCUGGACCCCGCUCAGAGCGCCCUCUAAAGGGACGUCAUGCAGGAGAAUUAUGAGAAUGUGACCUGGCUGGCAGGUGAUGGGACGAACAGUGAGACCAAGGAGGAGAAUCCCCAGCAGGGAGGCCCUGAGUUGGCAGACCCACAUGGGACAUUCUCGGGAAGGUCCCAGGGGAACCUUUGCCAGGGAGGAGCUAGCGAGAUUCAGGGCAGGUCGGAGGAGCAGCAAGGAAACCUGCCCGGGGAGAGAGAGAGGGUAAAUCCUCUCCUGAAAAGGGAUGUUUCAAGAAACUCAAAGAGCUCCUGGACCUUAAGGGGAAGCACAACAGAGGGACGGGAAAAGCAGGCACUGAACUUGGGCAGGGCUCACAAGAGAUGCUGCAUCUGGGAACCCACCUGGAAGAGGCAUCCCGUAGAUGUGGGGAAAGCCCCCAGCAAAACUCAGUGCUUCCACAACAUCAGAGCAUAGCCUUCGCCAUCCAGCAGAGAAUCCUCUCGAGGCAGAAACCUUGCCAGUGCCCCGACUGCGGGAGAGGUUUUGUUUGGAGCUCGACCCUCAUGGCACAUCAGAGGCUCCACACAGGAGAGAGGCCCUACAAAUACCCCGACCUGCAGAGGAACCCUUUCCAGUGUCCAGAAUCCAGGAAAUGCUUUGCCGAGAACUCGGCCCAGACGAAGCACCAGCAAUUCCACCCCGGAGAGAGUCCCUACGCGUGCCCAGACUGCGGGAAAGGAUUCAGCCUCGCGAUGCACCGGAGGGUCCACAUAGGCAAGCGCCCCUUUUUGUGUCCUGACUGUGGAAUGGGCUUCAACCAGAGAGCCAAGCUCACCGUGCACCAGAGGGCCCAUGAGGGGGAGCGACCCAAUUGCAGGAAAAGCUUCGGCCGGCGGGCACCCCUGGGUCAGCCCAGAAGGGCCCACUGUGGGGAAAAGCCCUGCGUCUGCGCCAGCUCUGGGAAAAGAUUCAACGUCUCGGCCCUAAUCGAGCACUGGCGGGGCCACAUGGGAGAGAGGCCCGACAAACGCCACGAGGGCGGGAAAAGCUUCGGCCGGCGCUCCGACCUGGCCCAGCGCUCUCCGGCCCCAGAGGAGAGGCCCCGCAGCAAAGGUACAGCCCUGCCAAAACACCGGGUGGCAGAGAGACCCUACCACUGCCUCGACUGUGGCAGGACCUUCAGCAGACGCUCUAACCUGCUCUCCCACCAGCGAGCAGCCCUACAGGUGUUCAUGUUGCGGGAAAGGCUUUGGCCUAUGUUUCAACCUUGCAAUUCAUGGGAGAGUCCAUGCCGGCAAUUGACGCAAUUCAUGACCCCACUGAGGCAGCAGCUUCAACCAGAGAUCCGACCUUGUAGUGCACUGGAGACUCCACGUCAAUCAGUCUUCAGAAGAGCAAGUUGGAAAAUAGGGUUUUCUUUUGGGUUAUUUUUCCCUCCAUGGAAAAUUUUAACUUUUCAGGGAAAUUUCUAACGCUAAAACUUUUUGGCCAACAACGGAAAUAUUUGCCGCGGUGCCUCAUUGGAGUUGUGGUUCACGUAUGCUCCCAUUCUCCUCUCUAGGCCCGUCUCCCUGGUCAGCCUGCCUCUCCCAUGAUACACCAUGGUCUCCCCUCUUGAUUUCAAUGGGAUGUAGGCACUUCUCUGCGUUAUAUUCUAGGCAUACAUGGCGAGACGUUCAAUAAAUAAAAGCAUAAAUCCUCUCAGUGGAAGGUUGCCGUGUAACACAACUACAUUUUGUAGAAUUCAGUACGCUCACACACCACAAACCAAAAACAGAGAGAGACAAAGCAGGCUGCUCUCUGAGACAGAGAGGAACAACUCACCCUUGCGCUAAGCUGGCUUUCUCCGGACUGACUCUGACUGGUUGCUUCCCUAGAGCCCCUAGCCUGCUUGCAGGACCAGAAACCCCCACCACAUCUGAAGUGAUAGCUUGCCCUCCCAGCGCAGUCCUUGAUGCACCACAAUCUGUAUCUUGAGGUCCUUAGGAGCUGACAAAGAGGUUGCAGUUCAAAAGACCAGGGGUAACAGCUGGAUGAGGCAAACCAGCAGGUCGGAUGGGGGGUGAGAAAUCUAACGGGAUGCACAUGGUCCUCAGCCAGCUGGGAGCAGAGCUCACAGCUGCCAGGCUGCAGUCGCCUGUCUCCACCACGGCAGAGGAGAGGCGUGAGUCAGGGCGAGCCGGUGGCUUUGCAGAUCACGCCUGGGAACUUUUCCCCACUUGCGAGGGAUGGCAGGAGACCAAGCACAAUUAAGAAAAUUUUCUCCCCUCCAGGGAGAAAAUUCAGGGGCUGGCUGCUAAUGACCGCCCUGGGGGUUCCAGUGACUGAUACAGCCACCGCAAGCAGGGGCGUAGCCCAGCAGGGAGGGGGUCUAAACCCGGGCUUUCUUGUGGCCAGGUGGAACCUCACCCGGCUCACUGCCAGGUGGGACAGGUUGGAUUGACUUUACAUUUGAUUGAUUUUACAUUUGAUUCAGCCCCCACCACCCUGAAAUGCUGCAGCUGACCGUACCCAGGAAGGAACCUGCAUGAGACAAGCCCCACCCAAUGGGCUGGGAAUCCAGAUGCCCCCCGCAGCCACCAUCACUGAAGCCAGAGUGUGAAGAGGACUCUGUCACCCCACUGGGCAUCCCCUUUAUCUGCCUUGUCCUGCAUGGGGAUGACAGACUGUCCCCCCCCACAAGAAGAUAAUUAAAGUCUCAGCUGGGAUCAGCGCCCCUGACCCUGCAGAAACCAGUCUUUUCCUGGGAGGGCGGCUGCCAGUAGAGAAGGGCUUAACACGAUGACACCCUGUAACCAUGGCUCCCGCUAAACCCUGAUCCCGGGAUUUCCUUGAGUAGCGGGAUCGCAGUGUCUCCUCCCCCCAGUGGAUCCGUGCUUUUCCAUCCCCUUAGAAAGGCUGAUGGCUGGGGUGGCCCCAUGGGCUUGGUUCUGCCUGAAAUGGGCCGGGCUGAGCCAGGCUGUGGGCUGCGAGUUGGGGGCAGGGGGCGAUGGGUCAUUGGGGUCCUCACACUCCUGGAGUCCUGUGCCCUAAAGGAAGAGGGGCCACCCCAAUGGGCCUGGGUUGGGCUGAAACGGGGCCUCUGGGAAAGUCUCUCUGGGACUGGAGUUUCGAACCCUGGAUCCUGGCUGGGCUUGGCCCUUCCCACCCUGCAGGGCCCUAGAACCCUAGGUCCGAGCCUGAGAGAUUUGUGUGUAGACAGAAGGGUUGGGGCUCAAACCUGAGUCUGCACCAGGGCUUCCAUUGCAGUGUAGAGACAGCACUAGGGAUCCAUUUGGUUCCAUGUUUUGUUGCUCCUCUCGGCCAAGCGAAAAGCACCCGCUGCAGGCCUCUUGCAUAGCUCCAAGCUCCCCAUGAGCUCCCCUCCUCCUCAUGCUCCAUGUACCCUCAUUCCCCCGUGCCAGGAAAUCUGUAUGCACCCCCUAUCCCGGGUCUCUGGAGGCUCCCCAUCCCCUUCCUGCCAUUCCCGUAGUCAGACAAAUGCCAGCCAGUCGAACCUUAGACCGUGCUGUGCUCAGCCAAUUAAGGGCCCACCCGGCCAUCAUGGAGGUCAGCAGCCGAACAGGAACGGAGCCCAGCUGUCCUGGGCCCAACCCAACGCCCUGACCGCCAGACCCUGCGGCUUAGCCCUCAAUGUGAUGCCCCAUCUUCCCCGCUUGGUUAUCCAUCCCUCCCUGAUCCCUGCCGCCGCCCACCACCUCCCAGGGGAGCUAAUUAGAGCACCGAGGAGCCUGCUUCUUGGAGUAGCACCCCACUGCGCUAGGUGCUGUACAAAAUAAAGAGCCCCCACCCCCAAAGGGACAGCAGUCGAAGAGCCAGCUGUCGCAGCUCGGGGCAACUGCACCUGUCUUGCCCCUUAGCAGUUUGGCAAGGGCCCCCACAUUCAACCUUCUGCCCCCGCCGGCCCCUGUCUUGGGUCCGUGUCUCUCUCCCUUCUGAGUGGGAUGUUCCCAGACAUAGGUGCCGAUUCUGUGGGUGCUCCAAGACUCAAGCAGGGCCGGAUUAGUCUUUUGUGGGCCCUGGCACCCUGCCCCUCUUCUGCCCCUUCCCCUGAGGCCCCAGCCCCUGCUCCGCUCCUUUGCCCCACGGCCCUGCCCCACUCAGCCUCUUCCCCCACAGGCCCCGCUCACUGCUUGCACGGGGUGGGAGGGGCAGAGAGAAGCACCCGCCGGCAAACCCAAAAGCCGGAGCCCGUGUUCCCAGGCCGAACACUUCCCUGUGUAAUUCCCAGAAAAGUCAGACUGCCGAACACGCGCGGCGGGUUUAAUCCACCGGGGAGGCUGCUGCCGAACGCCAGUUACGGGGUUCGGCAGGGGACGUUUUUGCUUAUUAUUAGGCCCCAUGCAGGUUCCGGGGCGGUGGAGGAAUGUGCUAUUCAGCUUCCUGGGUUCAUCAGCAAUGGCCCUGGACUCCAGAGAGAUUACUGAUGAACCCGGGAAGUGGAGGAACACAGGCCGCCUCCUCGGACACCCCGGGAACCUACAUGGCGUCUAUCGAAAGCUCAGGUUCUUCGUCCAGAAGAGAAGAGACGAGAGCUUUUCCCACGGGGCAACUCGGGGUCUGGCGACGUG